CUUUCAAGCCCCCGCCUCCCACAUCUCCAAUUUGAAAGCCGCCUUUCUACCGGGAGAGGAAAGCUCUUUUUCGGUCAGAUGGCGUGCUGCAGGCCGCCCCCAGGUUUCUCGCACCCACACAACCAGCAAAAAGGCAGCCAGCAACCAAUAAGGUUCGUCGGGGGAGGAUAUCUGCCAACGAAUCCAGACGAGUUACGAUAUGCUCAGGGAUUUAGCUGAUGACAACAACACUCAGAAGUGAGAAAGAAAACGAUUUUACAGGGAAAUAAAGCGAUUAUAUAAAUCAAGGUAUUUACAAUAGGCUGUGUACAAUAGCUCUGUGGAUCACCGUUUCUUUAAAAAAAUAUAUUGUCUCACCCCUUUCUUUGAUGACAAUUUAACGGGAUUGGAUGGGACUUUCGAUAAGGUUAAAAGUGAGGUAACCAUUAGGCUAUUGCUCAUUUACCUUUAUCAUUAGAUAAUCUAGCCUAUUACGAGGCGGCACAUAUUGCGCGAAAACUGGAUUCUGUUGCUGGAGACACAACUCGGUCACUCAGUGAGCGCGGGUCCCCUCUGCCAAUCCAGCCGUCGGACGACGUGGACGAGUCUUGCGCCAUGUCUCUGCCACGCACGCUGGGCGAGCUGCAGCUGUACCGGGUGCUGCAGAGGGCCAACCUGCUGGCCUACUACGACACCUUCAUCCAGCAGGGUGGCGACGACGUGCAGCAGCUCUGUGAGGCUGCAGAGGACGAGUUCUUGGAGAUCAUGGCGCUGGUCGGCAUGGCGACCAAGCCACUGCACGUGCGCCGUCUGCAGAAGGCCCUCCGCGACUGGGCGGCCAACCCGGCCCUCUUCAACCAGCCCCUGGCCAAUGUGCCCCUGGGGGGCAUCCCACUGUUCAAGGUGGAUGGGACGGGUGCCAGCGGGACUGCUGCCGGAGGACUCAGGAAGUCCCUGAGCAAUGGGCAGCCGGGGUCGCCGUGUGACAGGGAGGACAGGGCAUGCCUCACCCCUAUGCACAGCGGGAGCCCCAGAAGCCCCUGCUCCCAGGCCUCACCGCAGCCCCAGGACACCCACUACAGGGACAAGCUGUCUCCAAUGGACCCCCACUGGCUCAGCCCUGAGCUGGACGGGAACAGCGCCUCAGCCUCAGGGGUGGACGAGGAGCAGCCCAGCCCACCUCUGCUCCCCCCGCGUCCCCCAGGUCCCUCCACGCCCCCGGCCUCCUCCUCCUCCCUCUCCCCGGCAGCCCUCUCGGCCUGGCCCGGGGGCCAGCUGGAUGGGGAGACGGCGCAGGCAGUGGGGGAGAGUGUGGACAGGCUCCUGAGGACCCUGCCCAGGUCGGACCCCAGAGAGGUGAAGACACUGCUGAGGAUGAACAAGAAGAUGGCCAAGACGGUGGGCCACAUCUUCAAGAUGGCACCCCAGGACGUGGCCAAGGAGGAGGAGAUCCGCAAGUACAGCCUCAUCUACGGCCGCUUCGACUCCAAGAGGAGGGAGGGCAAGCAGCUCACACAUCACGAGCUGAUCAUCAACGAAGCGGCCGCCCAGUUCUGUAUGCGUGACAACGCUCUGCUUCUGCGAAGAGUAGAGCUCUUCUCAUUGGCUAGACAGGUGGCGAGAGAAUGCGCCUACACCUCCACACUGAAGCAUACCAGAACAAGUGCAGAUGACUGCAGCUUACCAUCCCAAAAGAGAGUAAAAAAUGAGGUGAUAGUGUCAGAGAGUGUGUCCUCCCUCCAUGGUGUUGAGGGGUCAGAGGGCAUGUCCCAGAGGGCUGAUGAGGACAGCCUAUCAGGAGAGAGUCUGGACAGCUUAACACAAGACGUAGGCUCACAGUGCAACCAAUCUCCAUCCCCCCGCCCCCCCACCGACACCUCCAUACCUGCCAACUGGAGUCGCCAUCUCAUGCAACAAACGCUCAUGGAUGAGGGGCUGCGAUUGGCUAGGAUGGUGUCACAUGACCGCGCUGGCAAGGUCAGCCUUAGGUCAGAGGGGACACAUACCACAGACUUUGAGGCCAAAGCGGAGAGGAGGAGCUCAGUAGCAGUGUGCAGGAGCAGCAGCCCUGGCAGCACCAAAGAUGACUCGGACCAAGGGGGAAAGUAGUGAAACUCAUCAUCCUGAGAACCCAUCAACAACCCUGCCUCUCAUCACCCUCAAUUCUGGAGGGCCAAACUCAGUAGGCUUUCCAUCUGUACUUAAACCACUAACAGUACUGGGGGAAUAAGGGGGAGGGGAGGUGGAAUAAAUAAUUCCAAUCUAAAUCAGGUGUGCAUCCUAAAUGGCACCCUACAUAAUGCACUACUUUUGAUCAGAACCCUGGUCAAAAGCUGUGCAUGAUAUAGGGAAUAUGGUGCUAUUUGGGACGGAACCCAUGAUUGGCUGAAUCGGGUGGUUCAGGCAGAGGCAACACAUCCUAAACCUGCAAAUACUAUGGCACUCCAGUACUGAAAUUGAGAGACAAGCGCUCUACAACUUUACCUCUGUAUAUAGUAUGCCCAAACCCUCCAAACAGCCCUCCGAGGGCAUUAGCCACGUCUCCACAGGACUACUGUAACACUUACACAACUGUGGGAGGUUUGUCACACAAUGAUGCGACAAUGUCUAAAUCUGUCCCCUAUGUACAUAAUCCCAAUCCCCAUAAUCCCCCCCUCCCCCACCCCGCCCAUUGGACAAUGGAUGCAAAAUGUUGAUAUCAUGACUAACUUUUGGUGCUAUUUUUGUUGAUACAAAGUUGUAACUGAGAAAGGACUUGUGAUGAGGAUAAGUAUCUGCAAUGACACUGCCGUUAAAGCUUGGUUUGCAAAGUGUCACUCAUUUGAGUGUUGACCGUUUGAUAGUUAGAUGAUAAACGUAAAUAUAUGUGUACAGAGAAGAUAAUCAGAGAAGAUAAUCAAGUUCAGAGGCCUUUUUCUCCCAAUACUGCAGCACUGCACCCACUGAGACUAUGUUAAUUUAGAGGGGUGGGUUUGGAUGUUAAUAUGUUAAUAUUAUUGAGCCCUUAGAUUAGAUUUGUUGGUGAAUUCAACAUUAUUUGAUUUAACUUAAUAAGGCUUAAGUAAGCAACAAUAAUUUACAAGCAACAAUCAUUUGCAUAACUCUUACCUGAGGCAAUUACUUAGGUAACAAUGACAAGAAUGAUCAUCUCCCAAUGUUAUAUUUUUUUAUACAGUAUGUGUGUCAUAUUAAACACUAAAUUCUUUGACAAUGGAGUUUGGAGAAUAAACUAAAAAAAUUAAAUUAAAAUAAACAUAAUCAGAUGUUACUGGGUAUGAAUGUUGAAAAGAAAGGUGUUUGGAUGAUUAAGAAAUCAGGGUGAAUCCAGGACAUUACAUUUUCUGCAUCCCAAAAGGCCCUCUAUUUCCUAUAUAAUGCACUACUUUUGACCAGGGCCCAUAUGGCUCUGGUCAAAGGUGGUGCUCUAUAGAGGAAAUAGGGUGCAAUUUGGGACGCACACAUUAUUUCCAUGAGGUACCUAAACUGUAAACUCCUGCCUCACAAGCAUUAAACAACCUCCUCAGUUUGUUAUGUUGAACAGAAGAUUAUUUAUUUUGUUAAAUCUCAAUAAAUAUUAUUUUAUUGUUUUAAAAA